UUACAUAUAUAGAAGAGAGAAAUAAAAUGUCUAAGCAAUAGUUUAUGUUCAGAAGUGUUACAUAUAUAUAUAUAUAUAUAACGUAGAAGUUCAACUGCACUGAGUCAUUCAUCAUGGGUCGAUCUCAAGAACAGGGACAAGGACAAGGUCCGGUUCACAGCAUCCGGUUAUCGACUGUGGGCGCGACCAGACCGACAGAGAUCGGUACAACUCACGAACCAACCGGUUUAGACCUAGCCAUGAAGCUCCACUACAUCAAGGCGGUCUACAUUUACUCCCCCGAGACGGCACGUGACUUAACCGUGAGACAACUGAAGGAGGCCAUGUUCAUGCUGUUCGACCAGAUCGCUUGGACCACAGGCAGGUUCUCGCGGAGAGACUCGGGCCGUCCUUACAUCAAAUGCAACGACUGUGGGACGCGGUUCGUGGAAGGUCAAUGCAAUCUCACGGUGGAAGAGUGGCUGAGUAAACCGGACCGGUCAGUUGAUGAGUUUCUGGUUUACCAUCAACCUAUUGGACCGGAGUUGACGUUCUCUCCUCUGAUCUAUGUUCAGAUGACCCGGUUUAAAUGUGGAGGACUAAGUUUGGGGCUGAGCUGGGCUAAUAUAAUAGGAGACUCAUUCUCUUUAUUCUAUGCUUUCAACUUAUGGGCUAAGGCCAUAGCUGGAGAAAAUAUUCAAGCCCCAAUACCCUCUAAGGGAGGUAGAAGGUUCCAGAAUCUAAACCCAACGGUUAAAGACCCGGUUUCAGUUAAACGGGUUGACCCGGUUGGAGAUCUUUGGGUCACUCCAAACAACAAGAAAAUGUUGUCUCACUCUUUCAAUAUCUCAGUCGCUGAUCAUAAACCACCACAUUCUCUGGUGUUCGAGAGUAUUGUUGGGAUUAUAUGGAAAUGUAUAGCUAAGGUUAGGGCAGAGCCAGAGCCUUUGACGACUGUUACAAUCAUCAAGAAGGAUGUGAAUGAUAUGAAACCUAACGUGAUUCGUAACAGUCAGGUGAUAAGUUCAGUUCAAGUUGAUUUUUCAGUUGCGGAAGCGAUGGUGGAGGAGUUAGUGAAGUCUAUGGCGAAAGCGACGGAUGAAAGAUUUGGAAUCGAGGAGGUCGGUGAGAGUUGUGGUGGUAAUUUGGACUUUGUUUUGUAUGGUGCGAAGUUGACCUUUGUGGAUUUGAGUGGUGAGGAUUUGUAUGAGGCGAAAAUGAUGGGGAAGUCGCCGGAGUCGGUUUAUUGUAACGUUGAAGGAGUAGGGGAGGAGGGAUUGGUGGUUGUUUACGCGGCGGCGAAAUCGGAGGAAAGGGUUGUUACGGUGACGUUGCCGGAGGAAGAGAUGGAGAGGGUAAAAGUUGAAUUCAAGAAGUGUGGUUUGGUGAUCGCGGUGUGACUAUAUUAUUAACGGCUAGUAAAUGGUAAAUGUGAAGUUGGUGAAUGUUGUUUCCUUUUUAUAAGAAAAACUAUUGUGAUGUUUUUUUUUUUUUUUAAAUUGUGAUGGUUUUCUAUAAGCUGAAUUGUAAGUUGUAACGUUGUGGUAUGAUUAAGGAUUUGAUUGGUAACGUAAUUCAAAAUUGCACAA